AUGGAGUGGACUGAAGAAAAAAUGGCUGCUUCAUCAGCAUGGACAGUAAUGGCGUCAGUAUGCAAUGAGCAGCGUAUCUGGCGCGAGCUGGUGAACUUCCACUUCACUCAGCAACAGAUUGAUGCUGUCCUCGCCAAGAACAAGGAAGAUAUCGCUGAUGAGAAGGAGUUCGACUGGAAGAAGCUGUUCCAUCAGCUAAGAAAGAUGUACGGUCUUCGAGAAGACACGCAGUUUGCUGAAACACUAUCCCUAUGUCGCCACUGUAAGUGCCUGUUCUGGCGUUCGCUGGGACAUCCCUGCAUAGCCGACCAGUGCCCGGAGUACCGCGAGAGGCUCAAGGAGGCCGGAGGUCCUCUGCCUCCGCACCCCGUCCCACCCGCGGCUUUCCUUAAAUUCUUCUCUCUGUAGAGGGAUACUGGACACCUACGAAUUCAUAACGAAGUCGACAGUCAGUUUCCUGCCAGAAACACUGACGUCACUAAACAGGAGACAGGUAUGCAUUGAGAAAAAUAGCCGCUGAAUUUUGGCAUCUAAUGACAUAUUAUAAUGUGAACUCGUUUCAAAAAUCCCUUUUACAGCACUGAGUAUCAAAGAGUUGAAUAAAAUAUCUAUAUUUGUAAAAGAUAUAUGUUGUGCAGAGUUAAUAUUUAUCAGUAUUCAUAUGUACAAAUCCAUUUAAAAAUGUAUGUCCUCUGUAAUGGGAGAAUAUACAUUCAUGUAAAAGAAUAAUUAUACAUGGAUGCCUAAAUGCGAUUCAUAAUAAUAAUUUAAAAUGUAUGUUGGUGCUUCAUCCAGUAUUUGAUAAUGACAGUAAUGCAGCCUCUUUGUAAUCAAUGACUGACUAAGAUCUCAGGCAUCAGGCCUACUUUGAAAUAUUACAUAAUCACUAUAAUCAAGUAGGAAAUGAAUUACUUAAACUAUAGAUUAUUUAGGGCAAAGGAAAGUAUGGUUUCAGAGACUGAUUUGUGAAGACAUGGCUUAUGAAAAACAGAGAAGGAAAUAUUAAGAGCAAGUCUGUGUACCAUUUACUAUUGUCAUGAAUAAAUAUUAAUAACUAUUUGGAAUUAAAUUAAAAUCACGCUAAUUUACAAUUAAGUGAUUAUAUUAAGUUUUGAAUUAAAUUUAUCAGAACAAAACUAUGGGUUAAGUAAAUCAUUUAAAAUUAGAAAUUACUUGAUGUGUUCCAUUGUACCAAUUUUCUAUUAUUAUUGAAUUUCGACUAUAGAUACAAUAUAAAAUUAGUUAUUAAGUAAAUCCUUGUUUGUUAUUAACUAUGGAGGGCAUAUCCUUCGUACAUAAUAAUAAUUUACUAAUACAGCUAUAAAAUACCAGCCAGUUAAGUGUUGCCAGGCUUGAAUAUAUCUAUCCAUCUAAUUUAUCUGUAGAAAUUUAAAUAAUGUUCAAGAAAUAUUGGCAACACUACCAGUGAAUGUGACCAAAAAAUAUUGAAAACUUGCUAUUUUUGUUUUAUUAACAAUUAUGUUAUGUUUAAGGGAUUUCUUUCACUUAUUUU